AUGUCGACUGAAAAUGAUGAAAUAGAUGACUUUUUUAAAGAAAUCGAAAAUGUGGGUGAUUCUUCAAAAAAUACUAAUAACAUUAUAACACAGACUAACUCAAAUUCGAAUUCUAAUAGUGGUGGUACAGCACCUUCACCAGCCACUACUAGUAGUGCAAAUACAGCAGGUAUAAAAAGAAAAUUAGAUGAUACACCAACCACUACUACUACACCAACUACAACAACUACAACUACUACUACUACUACUACCUCAAAUACAACAUCAACAAAUGUUGGUGUUAAACCAAUGAUACCUCCUUCAUUAAUGAAAAAGAAACAAAUGGUAUCAAAAACUUCAAUAAAUAGUAAUACACCAAGUAAAGCUGUAGUAUCUUCAAAAGCAGUUACAUAUUCAGCAAAUACAAUCAAUUUAUUAGCUAAUGACAAACCAAAAGUUUCAGUUAAUUAUCCAACCACCACAGCAACAAAUUUAUCAAUUGCAGCACUUAGACCUCAAGUUACAAUGGAAGAACCAAAAAAAAACACAAAUAUAGUUAUGGAAGCUGCUGGUGAAAAAUGGACUGAUCAUACUUUAGCUGAAUGGGAUCCAAAUGAUUUUCGUAUAUUCGUUGGUGAUCUUGGUAAUGAUGUCACCGAAGAAAUGUUAAGACAAGCAUUUUUAAAAUAUCCAACCUUUUUAAAAGCAAAAGUUAUCUUUGAUAAAGUUGGUAAAUCUAGAGGUUUUGGUUUUGUUUCUUUUUCAAGUUCAUCAGAUUAUAUCUCUGCUUUUAAUACAAUGAAUGGAAAAUAUAUUGGUAAUCGUCCAAUUAAAUUACGUAAAAGUAAAUGGAAGGAUAGAUUAGCUUCAAAUAAUAAAUAA